GCGGGCGGCCGAGGCGGCCGAGGCGGCGGCGGCAGCGGCGGGCAGCGGGAAGCUGGAGGAGCGGCUCUACUCGGUGCUGUGCUGCACCGUCUGCCUGGACCUGCCCAAGGCCUCCGUGUACCAGAUGUUUCUUCUCUUCAGCUUCCUUCGUUGCCCCUUCUGCACUCCCCGUGCCACCGUCUCCCGCUGACCGCAGAGAAAACUAGUGACAGAUGCCCUUUUCCUCCGACCCCAUCGCAGAACUUGCUCCCCUCAUUCCUGAGCCCCGGGAACCCUGGUAUUUCACUAAAGAGCUCCUUUUCUACCCUUUUGGCAGCCCACCCCCCACCCCCCCCACGCACACACAUGUCCUCAUGCCCCCUCUUCUGAGUAGAAGAAUCGCUAUGCCUUCCCCUCGUUUCUGGUCUGGAUGAACUGCCCACACCAGGCUACAGUCUGGGUCUCUUCUCCAGCGCCAGUCCAAACCCAGGCCUCUGGACAUGCUGUUCCCCAGCCUAGGCUCCCGCCUCACCCCUCACCCACACCAGACCCGCUUCCUAGGCCACCAGUGCGCCAGGAGGCCUGUCCGCCGUCCUCCCAUCUGAAGGUCUAGCAUGGUGGUUGGACCCAGUGCCCGUAACCAGUUCAGGACGAUUAGAGAGGGUACCUGGCCCAGAUGGGUCUUACAUGCGGACCGCGCAGCGACCGGGUCACGCUGUAGCCCGAGAGGCAGUGUGUAGUGUCCUGCUUUCUCCUUUGUCUCUCUGCCUUUCUCCACCUCAACCCUCCCUCCUCUGAUCCUCCUCCCCCAAGAGCCCCUUUGAGGAAUGAGACAGAUUCUUUAUUACCUUUCUUUGCACUUACAGGAAUGGGACUUGGCUGGUGGGGCUUUUUCCCCCUGCUUCUCAAACUGGGGGCCAUGGGUGAGGCUGUCAUUUUUGUCAUAAGCAGUGCGGGGUUAGCCUGGGUUGCCAUUUCCUCACACCUUGGAUCUUCAAAUCCUUCCUGCGCGGGAGUGAGACUGUUUGGGUGGUUCCUAGUAUGCCCAGGUGACAGAGAGAGGGAAGGAAAGGCAUUGGCAGGGAAGAGGGCUGAGUUCUUUGGGGAAAGGGCACUGGCUCUCAACCUACCCUCCUAGACUUUGGGAAGGUCCUGGCUAGAGGCCCAAGCUCAGAAAUACUGCAGAUCUCCUUGCCCAGUGCCAACUGGAGAUUGCUUCUCAUAACCCCCUCAGAUUUCGGGGUGCCCUUCAGGACUUGUCCUUUGGCCCUUUUUUUGUUGCCCACAACCAGGUAGAAGAGCUCAUCUUUUCUUGGGCCUUGAACAAGAACCCAAGAAGCCAAGCCAAUGGUGGGGAAGUGCCAGGGGAAUUCGGGGGGGUCUCCUCAUCUACCCUCCUGUUAGUUGUCUGGAGCUAAACCCGACGUCAUGAUCAGCCACAGUGGUGCUGGAUUCUGGCCACUCAGCAUGAGAACUGCUGCUCUGCCUCUGGCCAGAGCUGCUGGUGACCCAGUCGCCAAGCCUGGCUGGUUCAAACCGGCCCACACUAUGUUGGGCGCAGGGCUCUGUCCAGGGCAGGCCAGAGGCAGCUGAGCAGCUGUGAUGGGGAGUGAGGUGAAGGCUCUGGGGCCUCCCUGGCCCUAGCCCUUCCCUCAGCCUGGUGGGCUCUGCUCAGUGGCUGCCCUGGGAACAGGCCCACUAAGCAAGGAGAACCCACUGAUGCUGACCCCUGGCCUCCCGCCCUGUCUCCAUUCUUCUCAAGUGACAGCUGGGCCUUGGUAAGGAGUUGUUUUCUCUCUCAUGUAGAGAGGCCUGGAGAAAGCUCUAGAAUAUGUGAUCAGUGGAAGAACCCUUGGCUCUAGAAGGGUUGACUAGAGCCCUGCCACAGGUCAGAACUCACUUUGGCUUCUAGACCUGCCAUGGAUGGAGAGGUGUGGGCGCAUGGUUGCACAGCAAUGCCCAUGCUGAGGCUAGGGAAUGAGGGGCCUGCGGAAGGAGGGAAGGCUUCUUGGUAGCUCUCUGCUGUGUUCCGUGUCCUGCUUCACCCUCACAGCAACCCUGGAUGGGGACAUUGAGGGCAGGGAUCGGAGGCCUAGCCAUUGCCUGGUGGGCAUCAGAGCUGGGUUUGUCCCCAUGAGAGUCUGGUCACAGAUGGCAUGGCCCCAUAUGCACUGCCUGGAAACAGGCAUAGACACCUUUUGUGUCCCUGGUUGGGGCCCACCGGUGGCCAUCACCUCUUGGCCUAUUCUCAGCCCCUCUGCUUCUGCUGGCCACUUUUGGUGAGCUGUGUUGACUCACUGUCUUCUGUGGGCUAGUGGCAUAUGGUGUGUUCUGCUCUCUGAUCCUACUGACAUUUUCCCUGAAUCUACCAGAACACAUGACUGGGACAGGCACCAGCCACACCUUGCAUCUGUGGUCUGUCUCAGAUGGUGCCCAGUUCUGGGGUGAUGAGAAUAGGUGCCAUGCUGAGGCCUAUGUGCUAUGCCUGGCACUGGGGCUGCAGAGGACAACUCCAUGGGCCUCUGGGGUUGGCUGGGUACAUGGUGACUUGAGAGCUCGCUCUCCAGCCACUGGACCCUACCUCAGUGCUGCCAGGGAAGCCUUGGUGAUAGUGAGGGUACAUCUUGAGCAAUCAUGGACCGCACCAUGGGGUUAUCUGCCUGCCCCCGAGUCAGACCAUGACGAAUAGGUCUGGCUACCCCACCCUUCACUUCACACCCUUGCUUGGGAAACUUGUUCCAGUGUCAGACCAAGGCACUCAUGCACAUGGCUUUCUCCAUGGCCUGCGUUAGGUCAGGUCAGGGCCAGAACAGGUAGAGAGACGGCAGAUUCAGUGUUCUCUGUGUGGGUGCUAGGUGUGUUCUUGGUGAUUGGUACCUGACAAGGUGUGCUGUCACCUUCCAGAGUCUUGAGCAGGCUCCAAGGUGGGGACGGGGCUGGGGAUGCAGCAGGGACAUCUGUGCAUGAGUGGGUGACAUGCAGCACCUGUGGGUACCUGCGCUGGAAGCAGCCCUGUAGCCCCAGGGCAUUGUGACACUGCCCCUCUGCCCACAGUAGUACCUAUUCUGGGGAAACAGCCUUGGUGUUUCCUGGAGCUGUGAUCCUUGACCUCCCUCCUGGGCUGUCCCUCAGCUGUUCACACGAAGCCCAACGUGUACCCCCUAAGACGGACCUAGCCUUGACCUUACUGCAUCAGCUGAGACCCAGAGCCGUGACUACCGUCUGGGAAGAGGGGCUGUGCAGUGUUCCCGCCCUUACUGGGCUCUCAGCCAGAAGAGUUCCCUGUGACCCCCAUCAGGGUAAAGUAGUAGUUAGGGGUUCUCUGUCACAGGAUGGGGCCCCAACUGGCCACCUGGGCCCUGUUGGCAGCAACCCAGCUCCUCUAGCCUGUUACCCCAGUGCCCCUUCCACCUGAGUGCAUGCUCCCCUGCUUUGCCCUCCCUCCGCCUCAAGGACCACACCAAGGCGGUGCCUGCUGUACCCAUCUUCUAUCCACCCUACAGGUGUCGAUCCCUCCUCACCUGACUAGGGCAUUUGCCAAAGUCUUCCCUGCAGAAGGGGUGGUUGUGUCUUGCUGUACCUCCCCCGCCUCCUCACCACCCCCCAGGAAGGUCUCCUGUCUCUGCCAGGAUUCAGCUUAGGCCCUGGCUCAUGGGGACUGGUUACCUGAUUGGCAGUCAAAUUGGUAAAAGGUCCAGGAAGCAGGGGUGGCUGCGUCUCUGCCUGGGCCCAGGCCAGUGUGGACAUGGGCCUUGAGGAGCCUCCAAGCCCUCUGUCUCAGUGGCUGUCAGCAUGUCUGGUGCUGCAGGCUCUGUUCAGAAUGUUUAAGGAAUCCUCAAUGGGGCCACCCACCCAAAUGGCCUGUGACCGACCACCUUGCCCUGCUCCUGGACUGCUGGCUUGUGCUCUGAGGUGAGAAAGGUAGCAAAAAAGAGCUUUGAAAAUAUUCUGCUUAGGAGUCCAAAAUAAGGGCAGAGGGAGGAGAAAGUAUCUGGGCAGCUGGGUAAGAAGUUACGGUUUCGUGGUUGUAGUUUGUCAUCUGACUUACUUCAUUCAGGCACCAUUUAGGUUUUGAGCAACAGCCUGACCCUCCGGUCAGGAGUGGGAACUAGUGGAGACUGACUAGUUCCCACUCAAGUCUUGGCUUUGAGGUUGGCAUGAUAUCAGGAGCCACUGGCCCAGGACUUCAAACCUGAAACCUGGUGGAAGGUUGGAGUCCUGACCUCACCUGAAAUAGCUGUGUGCCUUGGACACUGUGUGAUUCCUUCCAGGCCUCUGUUAAGCAGGCUUAAGGCUGAACGUGCAAGGUUGUGGGGUGCCCUGAGGUUCUGCUGGGCCUGGUGAGGGGAGACCUCUGACUGGGAAAGAGUGGAGUAUGGGGUAACCUGAGAGUUUGAGGGGACUGUGCAUUCCAGGCUUGAAAAAGGGCCUGUAAGUCUUACUGGCCAAGGCUUGCCUCUCAGAUGUUUGGAGGGGGCAUUUUCUAACACCUGCUUACAGCCCAAGGCCUGGAGAUCAGAGCUCCUGCUUGUGAGUUUGGACAGUCCAUUCAGUUCCCCCUCAGCCCAGGAGAGAGCCUGGCUCAGCUGGGGGCCCCAGGCGUGUGCAGCCAGGGUGCAGGGGAGCUGCCUGUGACUGGGCAGAGGGAGGGGCUGUUGGGCAAUGGCAGCAGGUGCAAAUGCUCACUGCUGGGCCACCUGAAGAAGGACUUGGGAUGGGCCACUACCUGGGUCCAGCUGGGGACCCCAGGGAUGAGGGAGGUGCUUUUGCUAAAAUUACAGGCAGGGGCCCUUUGAGGGGCCAGCCAGACUCUGCCUUGCAUUGACCACUUGGCAGGCAUUUCCUGUGUCCACCAUGUGCUGGGGGCUGAGGCACAGUACCCUAUGUGUUGUCCCUCCCAUCUCUUUAGCACACCAUGAGGCCAGUCCUGUUACUGCCCUUUGUGCCUGAGGAAACUGAGGCCUAGAGAGUGAAGUGACCAGCCAAAGGUCAUGCUGCUGGUAACCUGUGGGCCAAGGUCUAAGCCAGUAUCUAUCCCUGGAGAGGCCCUGUAAUGCCAUCCCAGUUGUGGGGCCCUCUCCUUACCCCUUCCUUCCACCAGGGUAUUCCUGGCAGGUGAUUGGAGGGCAGCCUGGCCUGGGCACUGCAGGAGCUGUUUUUUGGGGUGCCCAGGUUCUUGGGAGCUUGGCCCAAGCCUGUCGAGUGGGCCAUUCUCACCUGCCCUAGCUGGUACUGUUCCUCGGAGGCUCAAUAUGCAGCCAGCUCUGUUCGGAGUCCUCUGGGGUCUGGAUUCUGGGCAGGCCAACUGGGGCAGGUGCAGUCUAACCUGGUCAUGGGGAGGCUGUUUAUGCUGCCCUGCGACCAGGAGUCAGGAUCUUGCUUGGGAGGCCAAGGGGACCUGAAUGGUGGGGAGGGCUUUUGCAUAGUGACUGCCCUGUUUGGACAGACUUCCAGGGCUGGGUGUAGGCUGGGCCUGGGCCACCCACCUGGUAUCCACCCAGAGAAUGUCCCUUGGGGACAUCACCUUCUCCCUGGCCAGGCCAGCAGUGCUCUGGAGCAUUUUGCUGGCUCAGUGAGUUCUGAGUCAAGUUGAGCUGUUGGGCAGUGACCCACUUCUCCCCAGAUCUUGCAGGCUUCCCUCCAAGGCCCAGGGCAGGGUAGGGUUAGCACCACCUCCCCAUGGUACUGUAACUCACCUGAGCCUGGGUUGGGUCUGGAGGCUCUGAGACCAAGAGCCUCCCUGGGAGCUUAGGUGUUCCUGCAGCCCCGGGCUCUAAGGAGAGGCCCACUAGGAGAGGCUGUAGGUCACCCCUCUGCUGUAUGGCAGUGGGCUUUCCGGGAGGUGCUGGGAGGUCAGUCACACACUUAGCUGCCUUGGUGCCCUUCAGGAGAUCCCAGGCUCCAUCUCGAGCCUCUCACCCUCAGGCCCACACUCCCGGCUAGGUCCGCCAGAGACAGAAAGGAAGUUCCACUGGUCGGGACCUAGUGGAGUGCUGUGGCUGCUCUGUGUAGCCCAUUGGGCCUGGGGGAGACUGCGAGCUGGGCCUGCCCAGGCAGCCCCUCACGUGGAGGCCUCUGGAAGUACAGAUGUGCACACACAGUGGCCCAGGGGCCUCCUCACUGGUGGUGCUGGGCAGCAGUGAGGGCUUUACCAAGUGUGAUGCUGCUGCACAGUUUGGCCUGGCUUCAGCACCCUGAGCGUCUAUCCCGCCCCGUGAACAAGCAGUCAGGCCAGCAUAUGCUGCUUCCCUCCCAGCUCUCUGGAAGCUGUGAUCUCUCACUGGGGCCGUGGUAUGAUGAAGUUGGGCCUCUGACAGGCUCAGGCCCUUGAGGAGGCUGUGAUUGGAGGUGUGCCCUCAGACCCUGGUCUGUGCCUCCCAUGGGGUGCAGCACCCAUCUCAACUGUGCCCCCUGCCUUCCCUCACUGUAUUUCUGGCUUCUCUACUGAUCCCUGGAAGGUGGAGAGGACUUGCUCUUUUCCACUCUUCUCCAUCUGGGCAGGCUUCAGCUCAUCCUGACCCAUCCUGGGACCAGGCUCACUCCCCAUGCCCAGCCAGUACUGAGCUGGUGCUGGCCUGCCCCUCCCUGCCAGGUCCUGUGCCUCCAAGCCUGAUCCCAGCCAGCCCCCCUUCAUCUUGCACGCCAUAACUUUUGACGUGACUUAGUUGAUAUUUGAGUGCAGGUAUUCUGGUGUGUGUGUGUGGACAUGGAUUCCAUGGAUUCCAUGGAUGAAGCUUUUGUCCCCGAUUCCCACCCCCACUGUUGGUCCUCAGCACAUAGAUCCCAUCACUCACCAGACCUCAGGCCUGGUUCAUGGGAAUGAAGAGCGCACUCAGCCUCCCACAGCUCCUCAGCCCAGGAUGCCCAGACUCCUGAAGUGAUAGGAUGGAAGCUGGCUUUUCUAAGGACCCAGCGUGUUACAGGCAUGGCCAGGCAGUGAGCCUGGGAGACUGAGCCAGCCUCUGCAUCCCACCCUCAAAGGGUCCUGGACCACAAUGGAAGUCUGCGGCCCAAUGCUUUCUGGACAUUUCCCAUGGCUGGCAAGCCCAGGCUAGCCACUGGAGGCGACUGUGACUGUGAAAGCCCUACCCGCCCACUCACUAGGCUAUGGGAGAGUGUGUCCAAAUGGGAAUCCAGUUAGCUGUUGGCAAGCCCUGCAUGCAAAGCCAUCCUAGGCCCUCCACUUGCCCCUAAGAUUCCAUGGGCUCUGGGACCACUGCACCUGCCCCUCCUCACCACCUCAUUUGCCCCUGCCAUGUGGGCCAGGCUUGGGAACCUCUGUCUGACUCGAGGAGACAGCUUGUCUUUGCUGUCAUUCCUCUGGGUUCCUGUGUAGGCCUCUCCUCUCCCAACACUUUGAGCCCCUGGAGGGCCAGAUGCACAGCCCAUCAAGGGCACCAAGUGAGUGCUAUAAGGGGGGUGUAUAGAACCAGCGAGAGACCCAAGAUAGGAGUUGAGCUGGCAGCCCACCUUCUGCAGGUGCAAGAACCUCCCCCAGUGGGAGAGGCAGGUUGCUGAUGGGCAGCAUCUUGACUUAAGAUCUUCAGGUUCAGAAACGGAGAGGACAUGGCUCUUAGUGACCCAACUCAGCAACAUGGCUGGCCUGCAGCCCCUGAGCCUGCCUCCCCCAGCCACAUAAUGUCAGUGCACCCUUGUCCUGGACCAGCUUGACUUCCCCACCUUCCACAGCUCUGUGCGAGCAGAUUUUGGAGACUCCAGCCUCACUGGUGGUUGGCAGCUGCCUUCUCGUUUGUGCUGGCCAAGGAAAGCUGGAAUGGAGGGGCUGGACCAGGGUCGAUCUGAGCCAGGCCCCCAACUCCCAGCAUGUAUGGCCCUUCUGAAAGCCAGGAAGAGGAUGCACCUGCCUCAGCACAGGGCAGCAGUAGCAACUGCCCCACUGCACAGCUGCUGGCUCAGUGCAAUGCCUCAGUCAAACACCUGUAAUCCUAAAGGCAUCAUGAGGUCAGGCCCUGUAGAGGACUUCUGGGAUAGUCCCUGGCCCCUGGGACAAGAAAAGGCCAGGCUCCAAGCCCCAGUGUGGCCUAAGCAGUCACUGCCAGUGGGCCUCCUUCAGUGAAGAUCUGUAACCUCUGCACCACCGAGGGCCACUUUCAAGAUGCCCACCUCUUCACAGGAACCCAGUUGGCUGUCUUUGCAGUGCUCUGGGGAAAAGGCCCAUCUCCUGAGCAGUGACCCUCAAACACUAGCACGCCUGUCCCUCUUUGCUGGCACCCUCCCCUCCUACAGCUGGAGCCCCUCGAGACGGCCAACCUGGCCUGAACUGGAGCCAGCAAGGCAGGCAGCAGAUGCCCGGCUGAAGGAGGAGCAAGCCACGUGCCCCAACUGUCGUUGCGAGAUCAGUAAGAGCCUCUGCUGCCGCAACCUGGCUGUGGAGAAAGCUGUGAGUGAGCUGCCGUCGGAGUGUGGCUUCUGCCUGCGUCAGUUUCCCCGCUCCCUCCUGGAGAGGCACCAGAAAGAGGAGUGCCAGGACAGGGUGACCCAGUGCAAGUACAAGCGUAUCGGCUGCCCGUGGCAUGGCCCCUUCCAUGAGCUGACAGUGCAUGAGUCCGCGUGUGCUCACCCGACCAAGACAGGAAACGAGCUGAUGGAGAUCCUGGACGAGAUGGACCAGAGCCACCGCAAGGAGAUGCAGCUCUACAACAGCAUCUUCAGCCUACUCAGCUUUGAGAAGAUCGGCUACACAGGUGGCCACUGCACUGGCCACAGGCCUCCUAGGCCAGCAAGAAGAUGCUCAGAGCCAGGGCUCCAGAAUGAGCUGAGGGUCUCCAGCUCAAAAUGCAGAGCUGGGAGUGGAUGCCCAGGGAUGGGCAAGCUGGACCACACCCAGGCCUGCUGCAUCUUGUGGGCUCUCCUGGCCACUGCCACUGCCUUUGGACAUGCUCGGGAGCAGGCGCCAGGCCAGAGCCUGGUCCAGACACAGAACAGCGAGAAGCACCUGUUGAUGCUGGGGCCUCAGGGAGACUCCAGCCCUCUACUACCCAGCCCACGCCAGGAGGCCAGCUUAGAGUGCCAAGGGCGGUCAUGGGCAGCCAGUCACACCAUGCUGCCUGGACUGGGCCUGGCUAGGUGUGGGCCUGCUCAGGCCCAAGAGGCUGAGGGCCCCAGGGCCUCAGCAGCAGAAGGCCGUGGCCUCUGGUUAGUGUCAGCUUCAGCCACGCUGGUGGGUGCUGUGGCACAAAUAGCCUAGGCCAGGCCUCAAGGGUCCCGGCAGGCCAAAGCAUUGUGACUGGUGGCUGGGCAGGAAGCCCCGUCCGUGCAGGAAGGACUGGCCUCCUCUGUGGAGGGACUUGCUGGCCAUGGACCCCAGGCUGUGCUGAGAGGACUGUGUGACCGGCAGAGCCACCCACUGACUGGUGGGCCCUGCAGAGACAGCCGUCAGAGCCCAGCACUGGGCCACACGCCGCCGCUCCGCCUGGAGGUCCCGUGCAGGCUCCAGUGCCACGUGCUAGCCCGGCGCUCACCGGCUUUCCAGCAGCUCUGUAUCGGAACCAAUAAAGUACACUUGUUACUCAGA